AUCAAAAUGAACAGAUGGGGGUUCUCAUCUAACCAUUAAUAAAUUAAUGAUGAAUUUGAUUCAUAUGGAGGAUUAAUAAAAAUUAAUUAUUAAAAAAAUAUGCAAGACGAUUAAGACUAACCUUUAAAAAACUAUAAAUCUCCCCAUGAUAAUAAUCGUGCAUAAAAAUAAAACAAAAGAGGAAAAAAAUAAAAUCAGCAACAUUAAUAUUAAAAUAAUGAAAUAUGGGAACCAAAAUACAUACCAAGUGUAUAAUCCAAUAAUGGACAUUCUAAUUUAUAUGAAGAAAAAAUUUCUUAACAAUUAUAUCAAUAAAAAUAUUAUCAGCAGCCUCAAGAUUUUUCACCUCAUGGAUCACAGAUUUCAGAAAGUAGCUCUUAUUCAAAUGAUUUUUUAAAAUAAUCAAAUAAUUAAUCAUCAAGCAAUUCAUAAUAAUAAUUCUAUAAUUAAUAAUAAUAUUAAUAUUAGUAUUAAUAAUAAUAAUAAUAAUAAUAAUAAUAAUAAUAUUAAUAAUAAUAAUAAUAAUAAUAAUACUAAUAAUAAUAAUACUAAUAAUAAUAAUAAUACUAAUAAUAAUAAUAAUACUAAUAAUAAUAAUACUAAUAAUAGUAAUAUCCUACUCCAUCUUAAGAUAAUUAGUUCUAUUAAAAAUAAAAUCCAUUUCCCAACUAAAUAUAAAUAAAAUAAUAAUAUUAAAUAAAUUAGUAAGAUCAAUAAUAAUUUUAAGUAUCAAAUAAUUAAGAUUCUUAAUAAAUAAUUAAUUAAAAAUAAAAUGACUAAUCUGACUUUGUUGAUCUCUAAAUGCCAUAAAAAAAUAAUUAAAAUAAAAAUAUAUAAUAAAUGUAACAAACUCUUUAAAUUCCAAAAGCGAUCAUCACUCAAAUAAAAAAGGAGGAAUAAGACAAUAAUAAUAAUAUUUAUUAUUAGUAUCACAAACUUAUUGAUUAGUUUUUUUCAUAUGCAGAUAUUGAAAUAAAAAUUUCAAAUAUUAGUUAAGUUGUUUAACCUAGCCUAAAUGAAAUUUAUGGGCAAUUACCAGAUUUAAAAUUAAAAAUAGAACAAUAACAGGUUGAUUUAGAGGAAUAUUAUUAAUAACAACGGAUAUAUUAAAUAAAAGAAUAAAAGGCCAACAAUAUUUCAUAAUUAGAUAAAAUGACAAUUUUACAUUGUUAUUUAAUGAAAUAGUUUUACAUUUAGGCUGAAUAAAUAAAAGUAAAAAUAAUGAUUAAUUACCAAAAAUUUUAAUAUAAAAUAGCACCAUAAUUUUCAAACUAAGUGAAUGAUGGAUCUGCAAAUACUAUAUAUAAAAUGUUUAAAUAAAGAUUUGAUAGUUCUUUUAUUUUGUAAAUGCAAUUUAAGUCUGAAUUUGAAGCUAAAUCAAUAGCAAAAAUAUUGAAUGGAAUAAGAAUUAAAUAAUCUCUAUGUAAAGAAAUUGAAUUCAAGGAUCCAAUCAUAAUUUUAGCAUCUGAAUUGAAUCUUAAUGAACUUCAAGAGUGUUAAACCCUAUAUGAAUAAGGAGUUUUAAUUUAAAAACAGAACAAUUUAAUCUUUGUUAUAGCAUAAUUUAACUUAAAUAUUAACAUUUCUGAUUAAUAGUUAAAGUUUGAAAAUUUUGUUUAAAAUACUCAAAUUAUUAAGCAGAUCAAAGAAACUUUUGAUAUUGAUUAUUCAAUAUCAAAAGACAUUAAUGAGAUUGAUACAUGUAUACAGAAGCUUUAGUUAGAAGAAGAACUGAUUGAAAUUACUGUUACAGCUCCAUAAUUUAAUGCUCAAAAUAAAGGAAAAUAUUUCGUAUAAGCUGAAUUAUAAUUUUGGAUUGAAAGUUUUGAAUCAGAAAAUAGAAUUAUGUAAAGAUUAAAAGAAGUUAAACAAAAAUUAUAUGAUAUCUAUCAUCCAAAAUUGUUUAUAAAAAUAUCAGAAGAAAAAAAAAUUAAAUUAUGGAAUAAAUUUUUAAGCUCAUAAUUUGAAAAUUAAAAUAAUUCGAAAGAAUGCAUAACAAAAUAAAUUAAGAAUGAAUUGAUCAUCGAGCUUAAUGGAGAUUAUUAGAAUAUUUAAGAAAAAUAUGAAAAAAUAAAUGAAUCAUUAGAAAAAUUUUCAUGUGAAAUUGUCAAAUGCUAAUGUGAUAAAUAGGUUAUAUAAGUAUUAAAAAGUAAGGAAGCAAAAUAAUUAGAAAAGUUGUUUAAAAAAAAUUUUACUGAAAUUACUUUAGAAUUUGGAAAUUGUUUAAUUAUAAUGGUGAAUGUUUCUGAAAAAUAAUCAAAUGUUGAAGUUGAUGUUUAUUUUAACUUUUAAGAUUUUUCGUUAAAAAAAAUUAGUGAAAAAUUAGAAGAAUAUUUUGAAAACUUGGAAUUUUCGGAAUUAAAGAGUGACUUUAAAGAAUUUUUAAGUCAUUAUGGUUUAAAAGAGAUUUCAUUUUAAGAUUAGUAUCAAGUUGCUGUAGCAGCAUUUGAUUAAAAAAAGGGAGUCUAGAUUGUAGGCUAAUAAAAACAGAUAGAAGAAAUAAAUAAUAUGUAAAAAUAGUUUGAUCAAUCAAAAUAAGAAAAUUUAACUUCGACUAUUAUUGAUUGUGAUAACAUCUUGAUUUUUAAUAAGAUAAAAUCUUUGUAAUCUAAAUUAAAAGUUAGUAAUGAUGAUAAUUUAGUCAUUAGUUUUCCUUAAGAAAAUAAGAUAAUGAUUUAAGCAUCAAAGAAAUAAAUAGAAAAGGAAAAAGAUUAGAUGAUUAAGAAAAUUAAUGAAUUGAAAAAAGAAAUUUAAACUAAAACAUGUUAAUUUUCAGAUAAAGAAAUAAAGUUUAUUGAAAAAAACUUUAAGCCUCUUAUCGAAAACCUACAAAAAAACAAUGAAAUCAUUAUAUCUACAUCGAGUUCAGCUCAGAUUUAAAGUUAAUCACAAAAAUCAGUUGCAUGUACUCUAGAAUAUUAAGACAAGAAGUUACAAAUAAUUUAUGCCGACAUUUCAACAAUUUAAUGUGAUGCAAUAGUAAAUUCAUGUAAUAACAAAAUGUCUUUUGGUGAUCCCUUAUAACUGAGUGGUGUUGCGUAAAGCAUUUUUUAAAUGGGUGGUGCCUCAUAUCAAUCAUUUUGUUAAGAUUACAUAAGACAAUUUUAUGAAUUGAAUGUGGGGACUGUAGCUAAAUAUAAAAUGCCUUUAGGAAGAUAGAUUAAAUAUAUAUUAAAUGUAGCAACUCCAAUAUAUACUUGUGGGAAUUAAGCAGAUGAUGAUCUUAGGAAAAUAAAAGAUAAUAUUGAGGCAAUAUUCAAGGAAAUCAAGAAUAUAGAUGAAGAUUUAUAAACUUUGGCUAUUCCAAUUUUUGGAGGAGGAGCAUGUGGAUAUAGUUUUGAAUAAUCUGCAUAAGUUGUAUUAAAUACUACAAUAAAUUUAUUAUAUUCUGAAAAAAACUCAAUUAAAACAAUUUAUAUUGCAGAAUUGAGUGAUGUAAGAAUUGAAUAAUUGACUAAAAUUCUCAAAAAGUUAUUAGAACCCCCUAUUAAGGAAAGAGAAAUCAAAUAUUAGUGGUAAUGGUAAGACUCAAAUACUUAUAAAGAUUAUGAUGACGAAAAUAUUAAUUAAUAAAUUGACGAAGCUUAUGAAUAAUUCGAAUUAACAGGUCAAGAAUAAAAAGUUCUUUUAAAAUUCCCAUUCUCUAAAUAACCUGGUACUCAUCAGAUUGAUUUAAUUAAAUAAACAGUCACUGACAUUUCUUUAAAUACUUAGAUAAGUUUAAUUUCUAAAAUGGUUUCUAAUACAAGAAAGUUUUACUUCAAUUAAGAAGAAGUUGAUGAUUAAUUAAAUGAAUAUUUGAUGCUUUAAGAAAUGGGUUAAAUUAAUAAGUUUACAAUUUUUUACAAAAAACAUUUUGUAGUAUUUAAAAAAGGAGAAAUGUAUUAAAUGAAUUAAGAGACUCAAUAUAAGAGAAACAUUAAACCUACAUAUUACUAAAAAUCUAAUAAAUAAUCAUAAAAGAAAACCAAUAGGUUAGUUGGUAAGAAAUAUAAUUUCUAAGAAACUAUUAAUCAAAUUUCUAAAUUAAUUUUUAAAAAAAAUAAUAACAAUCUUUUCACAAUUUCUUCAUUUGAUGGAAGUUGUAAUGAAAAAAUUUUUUUAAAUAUUCAAAAAGAAUUAACAAAAUCUAUUAUUCCUUAUAAAUUUGAUGUCCCUAAUCUACCAGAAGAAGAACUUGAGAAAUUUUAAGAAUUUGUUUAAUAGAUCUCCUUGUCUAUAAAUGGAAAAUUUCUCUCUGGGUAACAAAUAAUUGCUCAAAUAUUUGAAAAAAAAAAACCAAAAAUUUCUUAAUAUAUUGAUUCUAUAAAAAAAUAAAUAAAAUAAUAUCCAAAAGAUUGGAAACCUUAAAAUUAAAAUUUUCUUAAAGUUCAACUUCAACCUGGAUCUGCAGAAUAUCAAAAAAUAUCAGAUUUAUUUAGAAAAACUGAAAAUGGAACUAUUUAUGAGAUUUACAGAAUUUAAAAUAAAUCUUUAUGGGAUAAUUACAUAAUAGAAAAAAAUAAAUUAAUUGACAUACAUAAUUAGUAAAAUAUAAUUUUGCAACCUUUGGAAACUGAGAGGUAUUUAUGGCAUGGUGUAAGAUCUUAGCAUCCUUAAGUUGUCUAUUCAGGUUUGAAGGAAGCAUUUGAUUAAACUUUUAGCAAUGUAAAUAUUAAUUUUAGAAUAAUAUUAGAUUGGAAUGUGGGGAGCUGGUAUCUAUUUUGCCGAAAACGCUAGCUAUUCUAGAAAUUAUUCUUAUUAAUUAUAACUUAAAGAUGAUCCUAAAAAUAUUGGUAAGCUUGUAUUUUUAUGUUGUUUAAUAACAACUGGAAAAGUUGAAGUAAAGCCAGCAGAUAAUUCUAUUAAAAGACCAUCCCAAGGAUAUGAUUGUGUUUCAGGUUUCACUCAUGGUAGUAAUGUUUUUAUUCUUUAUUCAAUGGACAUAAGAAGAGCAUACCCAGCAUAUGAAAUCGUUUAUUAAUGA